GUGCCACAAGUAAGCUGGUACUAAGCUGGUACCAAAGGUGGUACGGGCAGCGGACGAACUCGCAUCAGUAGAACCGUAGAACGUUCAGUUGUUUUAAACAAAAAGUGAGCUGCAUUGUGAAUUGAUUGUCUAUAUCGUUCGUACCUACUUGUUUUUUAUGUUGUUUUCUCUUCAUUUUUCUGAAUUUGAUUAUUAUACAAAAAGCAGCAAACGAAGUGUCGAUCGUGUUCCGAUUUUUGUAGAACUUUCUUGAACUAAUAAAUCAGUUUGUUGAUACGGAAGUCGCAGUUACCAUGGUUGGUGCAAAGGAGAAUAAUAACAAAAGAAUGUCCACCUUAUUGAAAUGGGCUCAAAACACGCAAGGUAAACUGAAUGGAAAGACUAGCAACGGCACUUCCAACAGCGAACGGAAAUGGAUCCAUCCACCCGAAGCUCUACAGAAAGGACAUAUAGCAUAUCUCGUAAAAUUUUUAGGAAAUACAGUAGUAGAUCAACCAAAAGGUAUAGAAGUAGUCAAAGAAGGUAUACGAAAGUUGAAAUUCAAUCAGCAGCUCAAAAAAAGUGAGACUGGUGCCAAAACGAGAAAAGUCGAACUAACGAUUAGCAUAGAUGGGGUGGCGAUACAGGAACCCAGAAGUCACACUAUUCUACAUCAGUUUCCUUUACAUCGGAUAUCAUACUGUGCUGACGACAAGGGUGAAAAGAAAUUCUUCUCGUUUAUAGCCAAACAACCUAACCAAAUUGAUAAUGAUGCAGAAGAAGCGCACGAGUGCUUUGUAUUCAUCUCCGAUAAGCUAGCCGAAGAAAUAACUUUAACGAUCGGCCAAGCUUUCGAGCUCGCCUACAAGAGAUUUCUGGAGACGUCGGGGAAAGAUCUCGAAUCUCAACGCCGGGCGAUGAUUGCUCAGCAAAAAAUCAAGAGACUGGAACAAGAGAAUAACGUUUAUAAACAGAGGCUGUUGGAAAUUUGUCAGUUUGCCGGGAUAAAGCCGGAACUGGAUCAGUAUUUGAGGAAGCACGAAAUCAAGAAUAUCUUGGAAAUUAAAGCUGCCAGUGGUGAUAGUACUACUAAUACUGUAGUUCAGCAAAAUGGUAGUGUCAAAGAACUCCUUGAUCUGAAUUCUGAUCUAACAAAUGGGAACGCACCACCUGUCCCUCCUAGGACAUUCGAUAACUCGCCCUCCGUGGGAACCAAAUUGGAAGGUUUAAUGCUCAACGAGUUGGAUCCAGACAAUGAUUUUGAUCCGAGGUCGUUUGAAAACGUUAACCAUUCAAAUGACUCAAAUCUAAGCAACAACGGAACUGGAGCACCUCCACCAUUAAUUGCUCCACCUCCAAAGGCUGCUCGUCGGGCUAACUUGAAUCUCUCCAUGAAUCAUAACAAUAAUGAACUUUCAAAUAAAACGCCUGACCAAGAUUUGUUUGGCUCUAAACCGUUUAGCCCUGAUUCAACGAUUUCCACAAGCAGCAUAACUAGUAGCAAAAUUUUGGAUCCAUUUGAGAUGGGCGAUUUUGGCAUGACACCAACACCACAAGAUAUCGAAAAUGCAAUUGGAUUGCUGGACAAGAGGAUUUUAGAAAUGAAGACUGGGUUUAGUCGAGGCAUCAGCUUUGGAAAUGAUGACUUUUCUCUAGAAAGUCUAGAUCCAUUAAAAAAUUGAUUGAUUCAUGUGAAUCUGCUCCAAUUUAGAAUGAAAACAUUGCUUGAGCAAGGAGCACCUAAUAAAAUAAUGCCAAUUCCAAUUCACUUUACAUUUGCUAAUGCAUCACACAUUUACAAAUAAGGUUAUUUUCCAUAUACUUUUUCUGAUCCCAUGAUUCUAGAACAUGAACAAUUUCUUCGAUUGUAAAAUAUUAUUAACUGGAUGAAAAUGAAUUAUUAUUUCAGGUUUAGUGAUGUUUUUGUAAUAGCUCAUACAGUUUAUGUAAUUUUCAUCAUAUUCACUGAUGAUCACCAGUUGAUAGGCCAUUUUAUUUGUAUCAUAAUUAUUGUAGUGUGGAUCACUGGCUCUUUGAUGAAUGUAUGAAAAAUUAUUUGUAUUUUAUAAUAUUUAUUGUCAUAUUGGCAAAUUUUGUGAUUUAUUUACUAGUUCAAAAAUAAAGAUAUAUUUUUAUACAAU